AUGUCGAGUCCGCAGCCACCCUCGCCCCUUAGCGGGCAUUGUUCCGUCGUCUACGAUAACUCUUUAUAUGUCUAUACACCCUCGGCACUUAUGAUGCUACCUUUGGAACAGAAUGCAAACUGGACGAAGCUGGAUAUGGGCCAAUCGGUAACUGGCGCUGCAUGUGUUAAGGGAAGUGUCGAUGGAAAUCCAGACCACCAAGGCUUAUUCGUCGUGGGUGGAAGCUCCGACAACUCGACAUAUAAUGGCCUCCAAAGAUACUCAUUCGUUGAUAAGAAGUGGGAAACUAUUACUCUUCCAACAACCCAAAUUCAAAACCGUGUCAACCAUAGCGCUUCAUACCUAUCUGGAAGCAUUUCGAUUCUAGUCUAUGCAGGCUCGCAGGACAGCAAUUACGAUGCUUCUACAUCUACAUUUGAAAUCACUAUGGCUGGAGGUGCCAUUGGGAUUGAAUCACGUUCAGCAGAUGGCACACCACCUGCAAUUCGCCCAAGCCUAUUUACCUGGGACAACGAAACCACACUCUAUGUGGGCGGAAUGGAUACAAACACAGACGUCUUUGUCUAUCAUGCCGGCAGUGGCUGGGCCACAUCUGGGAUUUCCCUGGCCGCGGGAAUCUCUAGUCAUGAUGGGGUGGCUUUGCAAUCCAAUAGUGACGGUAGCAAAUUCUUGGAAAUAUUCAAUAUGAGCGCGUCCCCAAACAGCGUCUCAUACGUUGCGUUGACAUCUUCAGGCGGUGCGGCCGCAUCACCUGGCGAACCUGUGGUGUUUACGGGGAGCUCAUCAUCAAAAAAUAACAAACGAGCCUGGGGCAACCUGCCGGCCUAUAACAGUACUUUUGCGCCUUCAACUUCUCGGACAGGUUUCUCAAUAGCUCAGUCCGACAAUGGCUUGGUGGUUAUUUCUGGAGGAAGUGAUAGUGAUCCCGUUACUGUUUUCAACCAGACCGAGAACAGCUGGGUUGAUAACAAAGUUCUAUUCGGUAGUCGGAUGAAUGCCGGCCUCCAACAACCAUUAGGCACCAGUAGCACCACGACAUCAACUGCACCCACAGCAACAUCAACAACCACCUCAUCAUCAACAACAACAACAGCGACGGCAUCAGCGUCUACCACGGCGGCAGCGUCGAGUGGUAGCCAUAGUAAUAUCGGUCUUAUUGUCGGCGUGACCCUAGGUGCUUUGGCCGGCCUAGUCAUUAUAUUGAUCAUCCUGCUCAUGAUUUUGCGCCGACUCCACCGAAAGAAGCAACCGACGAACAAAGGGCGCUACGGUUCUGAUGACAAAGACCGGCUGAGCUUCCAAGACCAAGGCAUUGAGCCUUUAACACAAUCUGCAGUUCCCAUGGCUCGAAGCAACGCUCCAUCGGCCGUGGAUUCUAUCUACAUGGUUUCUGGGAAGUUCGCUAGUGACUACCCAUCGGCAACACCCAUGGUAACAAACAACGAGAAGAAAGUUUACAGUCGACCGUUAGUACCGCAGAAUCAAAACGACAAUUUCUCUAGCCAAUCAGAUGGGACACAAGACCCUACAAGGCGCUUUUUAGAUCCUGAAAAGGCCCGAGGGGAUCGAAGUACCAAUGAGGGCUGGAGCAAGUAUUUCCAAGAUACUACAACCACCGAUAUUGGUAUGGGCUCUCCUCGCAACACAAUGGACUCUGAGCUUUCUCAAGAGAGUAGAUCAGACUAUGGAGGUGGCAUGUGGCCACAUGUUCCUGAAAAAGCUGCAGUAACCCUUGGUGGCUUGGAGGAACACCGUCCUCUCGGCAAGGUAUCAUCUGCGAGUCCCAUCUCAGAGCGUCUGCCUGUCAUUGGACGUGGCCAGGUGCAUUACGGACAAUCAGCCAAGAUUUCUAGUGCGGACUCUGCCAGCUCGGUCUCGGAUGAUGAUGAACAUGAACACCGGGACGCGUUCUCGUCUGGAAUUCCAGCGAGUGUCAAUGAUACAUUAUACUGGUCACACCCUACAGCUCGCCCGACGAGCAGCAACUAUACUGAAAGCUUGUAUCAAACAAGCACACGCAAUGGGCUAGCAGCGCACGACGAACCUCUACCGACUGAUGCUCAGUCCCAAGCACGAGGAUCUAGUGCUAUCUUCCAUCAAGACUAUUUCAAUGGUCCUAACCGCAACAAUAUUAACUCAGAUAUGAGUUGGUUGAACAUACACGCGGACCGAUAG